AUGUCUACCUCUUAUGCGCCUCCCUCCGGACCACCACCGUCAACAACAACCAACAACGCCGUACCGAACGACGAUGAUCCGUUCGACCCUCCUCCAGCAUACACCCCCUCCGCAGCGCAUUCAGCCCAGCCGGAAACAACACUGGAAGCAGGACCGUCAAGGAUGGAUUUCUCAGGUCCACCACCUAUGCCCGACAGAUUAGAGCAGAAUAUAACAGGUGUAGGUGUAGGCUUUGGUAGAAGACCGCAGCAUGAAUUGGGAUCGCAAUAUACUGGAAAUACCAUUCAAACUCAGCAGACUGGUCCACCUCAACUACCACCUCGGAAUCCCUCAACAUCUGCAGGGUACGGAGGUGAAUUCUCUUCUCCAUCAGGUCCACCACCAGGUAAAGAACCUAUACAUCAGAAUGAGAAUGGUGCUGGACCAUCUAGACCUCCGGCAACAUCUGCAGAUCUAUCUCCUACGGAAGCUCCUACACCUGGUAGACCGUUGUUAUGGAGAGGACAGCUAUUGGUUUAUCCCAAGGGUUUUUGGUGUCAUAAAUGUAAUAAUACGGGGUAUAAGGCGAAUGAUCCUUCCAAUCCACAUGAGACAGAUUGGAAGAAAUACGGUAAACCGUAUACAUCGGCCCUAUCAACCUCAUAUCUCCACUCUACCUCACCGGAAUCCAACCCCUCGACCUCAUCUUCAGCAAAUUUCCAACGUCCUCUUCCUUCCUUCCCUCAACAGCCCCAGCAGCAAAACCCAUACGGCCAUUUGCCUCCCCCGCCGGGAGCGUGGGGCACAUAUCCAGGCCAUAAUGCUCAUUAUGCUCCUCGACCACCUCCUCCACCUCCCCCACCUCAUCACAUGAUGGCCCAUCAACAACAGAUGCCUGGACAACAGAUAUUCGUCCAGAGAGGUCCCGGGUACGUACCUCCUGGAGCACUUGUGGUAGGACCUGGUGAUCCAAGGAUCGGUGGGAGGGUAUGCUAUAAAUGUGGUGGAACAGGUCGAGAAAAUGAUUUCUUAUUUGGGUUUGAUGUUGGUAGAUGUUAUUCCUGUCAAGGAUUAGGGAGGGUGUUUUGA